GUCUCUUCUCUUUGUACAAUCUUCUACAUUGUUAAUAACCAUCUUCUCAUAUUUGAUAAUAUAUCUCUAAAGUUCAUGGAAGGUUCAAGCAAGAGGGCAAGCAGUGACCAGCAGGAAGACCGUCAGGCUCGUUACCGAGGCGUUAGGAGGCGUCCGUGGGGAAAAUACGCAGCGGAAAUACGAGAUCCGUCUAGGAAUGGUGCUCGCCUUUGGCUCGGGACUUUCGACACGGCCGAAGAAGCCGCACGUGCGUAUGACCGUGCAGCUUUUAACCUAAGAGGUCAUCUCGCCAUACUUAACUUCCCCAACGAGUACUAUUCUCGUGUCCCCGAUUUUUCUCCUCGCCCUUCUUCAUUCCCUCCUCCUCCUCCUUCUUCUAAGUCGUUUUCGAGUUCUUAUAUUCCUUCCACUUCGAGUGGAGGGUCUCGACAGAACGAGAGGGAAGUGUUCGAGUUUGAGUAUUUGGAUGAUAGGGUUUUGGAGGAACUUCUUGAGACAGAAGAGAGGAAGAAGCGAAAGUAAUCAUUGAUUACUGUGAUAUUAUUUGCUAAUGCUUUUUAUUAAAUAAAUCAAUGUUUUUGUUGUGUGCGAUCUUGUAGUGGAGAGACUAUCUAGUUUUGGCAUUUUGGAAAUGUGCCUCUCCUCCAUAUUAUAAUUGUAAGAAAAACAAAAUUGUAUGAUU